AUAAACGCUACGGCCCCGAGGGCUGCCGGUUCCCGUCUGCUUUGGGGGGGGCGGAGCGGGCCGGGCUCCUCCUCUUCCUGCUGCUGCUCGCUGAGCCCUGCCCGCCGAUCAUGCCGGUGGAUCACCGCCGCCUCUGCGGCCCGGAGGAGUCGCAUGCGCCGGGGCUGUGGGCUGCGGUCUGCGGGGCGGCUGUAGCGGCGGAGGACGGUGAGGAGGGAGGUGGGGAUGAAGCCCCGCGGGACCCCUGGGCCUUGCGGCCGCUGUUCGCCCGGGCCGCGGUGCUGAGCCAGGCCGACGGCUCGGCCUACGUGGAGCUGAGCGGGGGCACGAAGCUUCUCUGCGCCGCGUGGGGCCCGAGGGAGGCCCCCGAGCCCCCGACGGCGGCGGCGGCGGCGGCGGCGCUGAGAAUGGGGCGGCUGCAGUGCGACUUCCGGCGGGCGCCGUUCGCGAGCCGCGGGGCUCGGCGGCGGCCGGGCUCGACGGCAGAGCGGGACGCGGAGCGGGACUUGGCGGCGGCGCUGCGGAGUGCGCUGGAGCCCACGCUGCAGCUGGAACGGUACCCGCGGACCCGGCUCCUGGUCAGCGUGCUGCUCCUGCAGGACGAAGGCUCCGUGCUGGCCGCCGCCAUCAGCGCGGGGGCGCUGGCGCUGGCCGACUCCGGGGUGCAGAUGUACGACCUGGCUGUGGGCUGCGCCCUGUGCCGCGGGCCCGAUCCCUCCGCCGCCUGGGUGCUGCAGCCGGGGGAGGCCGAGGAGCGGCGGGCCGCGGUCCGGCUCACCGUGGCCCUGCUGCCGGCCCUCAACCAGGUAUCGGCCGUGCAGGGCACCGGCAGCGGGAGCACGCCCGAGGACUGGGCAGAGGCGCUGUGCUUCGGCCUCGACGCCUGCUACCGCCUUUACCCGGUGCUGCGGCAGAGCCUGCUCCAGGCCACCGGCCGCCGCCGCCACCGCCGCCGCCGUGCCACCGCUGCCAGCACUGCCUGAGCGC